AUGGUCUCCAAGAACAACACAGAAUUCGCUUCGCCUUCCUCUGUCGCAUCAUCAUCAUCGUCGUCCAGCACCAACAACUCACAUGAUGAAACACCCAUCAUCACCAUUAGUGAAAAUAACAUCCGAAUUGUCCUAGACAAAGACGACAAAACGCCAGUUCCCCGAUUCGAAAGAAACAGCUACAAACUAGAACGUGAUCCAUGCCUCAACGGAAGUCGCAAACCAACCAAUUUGGCAUUCUGUCCUCACUGUUCGAAGGAAAACGUCCGAACACGUACCAAGACGUAUCCAAGUGCAGUGACGUGGGGCUGUGUCGCCAUCGGAGCUGUCGCUUUCUUCCCCAUUUGCUGGGUGCCUCUGGUUAUGGAUGGUAUGAAGAAGACAGAUCACUACUGCCAAAACUGUGGUCAGAAGCUUGCGACAAUCAAACCCUUGCAUGGAGUUGGCGUGAAGGAAAGAUUCUAG